UGCUGUAGUUGCUACAGGCGAAAGAUGGUGAGAGGAAGAGGGGGGAUAGGGAGGCGGAAGGAGGCCCCCUGUUCUGCUACGGAGAAACGUAGUUGCGUCCCUGAUCAACGCAUGCCUGGUUAAUGAUGCCGGCGAGACAGGGAGCCGACACGUGCCGCGUCGGCCGGACACGGCGGGGCGGACCGGAGGACCGCCUGCGGCUGGCGUCGCCUGGAAUAACACGAGGAAUUCAUGUCUAAUCCUAACCAACACCAGGUAUAGCGUUCAAUGAAUAAACUGAUAUUUAAGUCAUUUAUAUUUUCGGAUAAUAGUAAUAAUGCGGAUAAGGCUGCUACUGCACCGUUCGUUUUACUGGCGUGGAGACGGAGAAGGAUAGGCGGGCCCCCGGCCCAUAUAAAACCCUCCGGCACAUGUUUCUCACGUGUUCCCGGCCCCCGGUCGCCGCCCUAAUAAGCCAUCCGCUGACUGACGGCUGAUCUCUCGCAGUCUCUUCGCUGCCCUCUUACGGCUGCUGGCGGCGAAAUCGAGUUUGGGAUCGGAAACUGGCAACUGGGUUUGUUGCAACUCAUAUGAAUAGUCAUAUUCUUCGACAAUGACAUGAACAAAUGCAUUUGUGAGAUCAUAUUCUUGGAUAUCAGAUGGCAUGUUGUGCUUCUAUACCUUCUUGCACUCUACUACGGGUCCAAAGUAUAUGUUGUGAAACAGAACCUCUCUUUGUCAACAGAAGGAAUAUCUAUGCUAGGGUGUUAGGAAGUUGGCACCUCAGGAAAGUUGAUCUUAUUAGUCAGUUCAGAUUUUCUACACCAUUUUUGGCAAAUGUUUUUUUUGAUACAUCCUCAAAAACAGUUCGAUGCAUGAAGAAGAGCUCCCCUAAAUGUUUUGGUGUGGGGAUGCUGAUAACUCCUAAAAACAGUGUGGCAGACAAUUGGAUUCCUAUCGUUGACCAAAUGCUUCUAACAAUCAGUGUGAUCUUUGCAUACUUAGCUGGGGUAGUUCCAAAGGACAGGACAUUUCCUAAUGUAGGAAGCAACACAGCAGGCCCAUCUUAUGAUGCUGCUACGUCCAGCAAUGGUAGAUCAACUGAGUCUAUCUCAAACAAUUACUGGCAUGAAAUAAGCGGGAAACUUAUGGAUGCUUUGAGCACUAUCAAAGACGAUCAUGCUUUCAGUACCAAAGUUUAUGAAGAUCUUUAUUACAGCAAAAGGAGUCCCUUGAAUAUGUUUGCUAUUAAUGAAGGUCCUAGGUUGCGCUUGAUUUGGGUUACUUUACAGCAGCUGCAAAAUAAGGUCAAUGCUAUCCCAGAAAACAGUAAAUUUGUUACCCGUGAUGUCUGGUUAAAAAUUUCAUCAAAAAUUGUAACAGGAGUAAUUUUACCAGUUUGCACGGAAUGGCUCAGAGUAGAACACGAUCUGGAAAUUGGAGAAUCCAAUGUGAAUCUACCUUCCAAAAUUAUUGGUAAAUUGAAGGAAGAUGACAGAAUAUUACAAAACAUAAAUAGAGUGGGCAAGAGUGAACUAUAUUCAGACCUGAUAUUCUUUCUUAGAUUUGGUUCACCCAGUCCUUGGUGCUGUUGUGAUAGUACGCUUCUGCCACAACAUGGAGCCGAUAUUUUAGAAGACAUGAUCGUGAUGUUGGCUGAUACCAUAGCUAGCAUAUAUGUGGAAGUCAUCUCAAUUGACAGUGACAUUUUUACAGAGAUGAAUGUCUUUGGCUUAACUUUAUGUUCGAUGUCCACUAGAACACUUCAAAAGCUACGGAAUGAGGUUCUAUUGAACCAAUGGCUUCAGGAGAACUUCGAGUCUGUUAUCUCGAUGUAUGAGGAUCGUUUUGAGUUGCACGUCCUGCAGAGAGAACUUUUUGACAAUCCAGAACACAAGGAAAGCAGUAACCUUACUUGGUGGAAGAAUCUUCCAUUCAAAAAGUCGGCAGUUCCAUCACUUGUGCCAUAUGUCCGGAUCAGCCAAUUUUCCCUUCCAGUAAAACGAAUGAAAGAAUUAAGAGCCUUAACUGGAUGGAGGUACUGCUUCAGCUUGUAUCUUGAGUUUUGCGACAUCAGCAUGCCCUUCUUUCGAGCUGCUUUCACCAAGGUUAGCAAUGCUGUAUCAUUCCUACUUGUUUGUAUGAUCGGGAGGUCUGUAGGUCUAAUAUUUAGUGGGAUAAGGCAAUCCUUAGGUUGGAGGUAGUCCAUUGUCUCACUAUUCUCUUCAAUCAUUUUUUUGUGAUCAUAAUUCUUCUGUCAUGUUACUGAGUUUCAUAUGGAAGGGCUUGUUUCAAUCAA